AUGAGUAGCCCCGAUGCGGGCUACGCCAGCAGCGACGACCAGGUGCAGGGGCGGUGCUCGCUGCCCAUCAUGAUGCCGGCCAUGUGUCCGUGGGCGGCAGAGGCGCUGAGCCCGCUGGGCGAGGCGAAGGCGAAGGGCGGCGCGGCGGCGUCGGGGCCGUCGGGCGGCCGGAGCAAGGGCGAGGCGCGGAUCCGGCGUCCCAUGAACGCCUUCAUGGUGUGGGCGAAGGACGAGCGCAAGCGGCUGGCGCAGCAGAACCCGGACCUGCACAACGCCGAGCUCAGCAAGAUGCUGGGUAAAUCGUGGAAGGCGCUGUCGCUGGCGGAGAAGCGUCCGUUCGUGGAGGAGGCGGAGCGGCUGCGGGUGCAGCACAUGCAGGACCACCCGAACUACAAGUACCGGCCGCGGCGGCGGAAGCAGGUGAAGCGCCUGAAGCGGGUGGAGAGCGGCUUCCUGCAGCACGGCCUGGCCGAGGCGGCGGCGGCGGCGGCGGGGCCCGGGCUGGGCAGCGAGGUGUCCGGCGGCGGCGGCGGCAGGAUGUGCGUGGAGGGCCUGGGACUGGCGUACGGCGAGCAGGGCUACGCGGCGGCGGCGGCGGCGGGCGCGGGCCACUACCGGGACUGUCCGCCGCUGGGCGCCGCGUUCGACGGCUACGGCCUGCCGACGCCGGACCCGUCGCCGCUGGACGCGGCGGAGAGCGAGGCGUCCUUCUUCGCGGCGGGGCUGCAGGAGGAGUGCGCGCUGGUGCCCUACGGCUACGGCCCGCACCCGGCGGCCGCCGAGUACCCGGCGGCGGCAGCAGCCGCAGCAGCAGCGGCGUCCGAGAGCCCGUCGGGCGCGUCGCUGCGGCGGCACCUGGCGCCCGGGGAGGCGCUGGGCGCGGGCGGGUCGCUGCAGGGGCUGCUGGGCUGCCCGGCGCCGCUGCACGCCUACUACGGGCAGUGCCAGCCGCCGGGAGCGGGGCGCGGCCCGCCGCUGCCGCCGGGCGCCGUGGGGCAGCCGUCGCCGCCGCCGGAGUCGGCGCCGUGCCGGGAGCAGCUGGAGCAGCUGCGGCCGGAGGAGCUGCUGGGCGAGGUGGACCGCACGGAGUUCGAGCAGUACCUGCGCUUCGCCUGCAAGCCCGAGCUGGGGCUGCCCUACGGCGGCCACGAGGCGGCCGCGCUGUCGGCGCCCGAGGCCGCGGCUCCCAUCUCGUCGGCCGUGUCGGACGCCAGCAGCGCCGUCUACUACUGCGGCUACCCCGACUUGUGA